UCCGAAUCAGUUUCCACUGCCGGCAGAAAUGCAAGCACCAAACGGAAAAAGCGCGCAGGAGGGGAAUCGAGGAGGAGUAGGGGGGAGUCGGAUCCAUGGACCUGGCCGCGAAACGGGGCGGGCUUCCGCCGUUCCGUCCGGACCGACGGGUUCCACAUCGGAGGCGGGGAGCGGAGCACCGGAGGAGCCGCGGCCGCGGCGCAGGAGGCCGCCCCUCUGGCUCCGGGCCGCAUACAAGCGAUUGGUUCCACUUCUAUCUAGGGUUUCAGUCAACCUCCGAAUCCGGCCGCCGCCGCCUCCCAACAUCGACCGAGAUGAGGACAGAUUCAGCGCGCUCCCCGACGACGUCCUCCGAGGAAUCCUGGAGCGCCUCGACCUGCACGAGGUGGUCCGCGCCCGUGCAGUCUCCACGCGGUGGCGGCACCUCCCCCACCUGCUCCCGCGCCUGCAUCUCGACGUCCGCCACUUCGUCGGAGACAAUUCGGCGGUCCUGAUCACUGGGAAUUCUCCGGUGGCCGACGUCAUGGAGGCGUUCACGGGCGCGCUGUGCAGUUUACUGUCUGCAUGUCCUCCUCCGGCCCAGUGCAAGUGCGCCAUCAAGACCCUCAGCCUCCGCUUCUUCCCGAUGUCGGACCUGAGCUCCAUUGGCCACGCCGUCGAGGACGUUGUCGCCCGCGGUGAGAUUGAAUGUCUUGAAUUUCACACGUGCUCGCCAUACAGUUUACGGACUGGUUUCAACACUGAAGGGCUGCGUGCUGAGUUGGGGCAGCUGUUCAUGUCCUUCUCCGGUGCCUGUCCAGUUGCCUUCCGGUGGCUCACGAUGCUUAAAUUCAACGAGGUCUAAUUUGUAUCUCGAUUUUGGCAGCCAAAUGAUGUGGAUUCAGAUGGAACAUCCGAAGCAGCUCACUUUUACAUUCAGAAACCUGACCAAUGUGGGGCUUUUGGGUAUCUUUCCUGAGUGUGAUCUGAGCUGGACCAUAUUUAUCCUUGAAGCUGCACCUGCCCUGCAAAAUUUCAGAGUAUGUCUGUUGUCUCGAGAACGGCAUUCGUGUGCCAAAAUAGCAAAGGGCAUUGCUGAGAAGACCAAUUUGGUGUGGGAGCCAUCAAAGGAUUUGAAGCACCUGAACUUGAAGGUUCUCCAAAUGUCCGGGUUCGAGGAGGAAGACAAGGUGACAAACUACAUAAAGCUAGUCAUGGAGCGAACUAUGGGGUUGAAGAGAAUUGGGCUCCAUGGACAUUGAUGACAUUGACCCAAGGACGAGAUCCCAGGUGGAUGAAGCUCGCAGGCGUCGGAUUAAGGAGCGACUCACACAUGGGCCCUCCUCAUCCGUGGAGAUAAUAGUAUGCUGAUGGAUCUGGUCAAGGAAUGCAGCUGCCGGAGUGAUGAUUGCGUAUGACUACUAGGUGCUGAUAGCCUGGUAAUGCUUGAUUGGUGUCGACCUUGGAGCUUAGCUAAACAGUGUGUACUGCAGUCUAGAUGCAUGCUUUUCUUUUUAGCAUGCACUGUACAAUGCCAGUGUCUUGCAACGGGCGUAGAAACUCUAAAGCCUGAUCCAUGUGCUAUUAUAUACCAUAGUUUAUAUUUAAUUCUGAUAAACAUCUGCUAUUA